UCAGCUCAGUUUAGCCUCAGCAGCUUUGCUGUACAAGAAGACAGGUUUUUCUUGAGAAAUUCAUCAAUAUUGACAGCACCUAACUGGAUUACAAGCUACUGGGGACCAAUGGUAUAAGACAGCAUACUUUAAAAAAACUGCUAGAGCGGUGGAACCUUCAGCUCUGGGGUUUAUCGUGCAGUGACUGAAGCAUCCUGACAGCUUGUAUUGAGGAAUGGAACUUUUUUCUCUUUCUGAGAUGAAAUACCUUCCCAAGAUGCACUUCAUUCUGUUGAUGCUGCUGUAUCUAUUAGGAGCUGCAAGAACUCAAGUCAAUCCAGGUGUGUGCCGCUAUCCUCUUGGAAUGUCUGGUGGGCAGAUUCAAGACGAAGAUAUCACAGCAUCCAGUCAGUGGUCUGAAUCUACCGCAGCUAAAUAUGGAAGGCUUGAUUUUGAAGAAGGGGAUGGAGCUUGGUGCCCCGAGAUCCCCGUGGAGCCAGACAACCUGAAAGAGUUCCUUGAGAUUGACCUGCGCACUCUGCACUUUAUAACCCUGGUGGGGUCACAGGGGCGCCAUGCUGGGGGCCACGGCAAUGAGUUUGCUCAGAUGUACAAAAUCAAAUACAGUCGGGAUGGGAGCCGCUGGAUAUCUCGGAAGAACCGCCUUGGGAAGCAGUUAAUCGAAGGGAACAAAAAUGCCUAUGACAUUGUCCUGAAGGACCUGGAGCCUCCCAUUAUCGCCAGGUUCGUCCGAUUUGUCCCUGUGACUGAUCACUCCAGGAACGUGUGCAUGAGGGUGGAGCUCUAUGGGUGUGAGUGGUUAGAUGGUCUGGUCUCCUAUAAUGCUCCAGCAGGCCAGCAGAUCAUUGUGCCAAGAGGAUCUAAUGUUUACCUCAACGACUCUGUUUAUGACGGCGCUGUUGGUUACAGUAUGACAGAGGGUCUUGGGCAGUUGACCGAUGGAGUCUGGGGUCUGGAUGACUUCACACAGAGCCAUGUGUACAAUGUCUGGCCUGGCUAUGACUACGUGGGCUGGUCCAAUGAGAGCUUCACCACCAACUAUGUGGAGAUUAUGUUUGAGUUUGACAGAAUCCGGAACUUCACUACAAUGAAGGUUCACUGUAACAACAUGUUUUCGAAGGGGGUGAAGAUCUUUCGAGAGGUGCAGUGUUAUUUCCGCUCAGAGACCAAUGACUGGGAACCCAACCCUAUCUCCUCCGUCCUGGUGCUGGACGAUGUUAACCCCAGUGCCCGCUUCGUCACCGUGCCCCUUCUGAACCGCAUGGCCAGCGCCAUCAAAUGCCAGUACUACUUUGCUGACACCUGGAUGAUGUUCAGCGAAAUCACCUUCCAGUCAGACACAGCCAUGUACAACACAACUGGAGCCCCACCAAAAAUUCUCCCAGGAACCCCAACCAGCACACAGCCAGCAAAACAGAAAGAAGCACUCGAAGAAACAGAAGGUGAUGAUCCAACCCACAAAGUGGAUGACAGUAACACUCGCAUUCUGAUUGGCUGUUUGGUGGCCAUCAUCUUCAUCCUGGUUGCCAUUAUUGUCAUCAUCCUGUGGAGGCAGUUCUGGCAGAAGAUACUGGAGAAGGCUUCUCGGCGGAUGCUGGACGAUGAACUGACAGCCAGUCUGUCGCUACAGAGUGAGACCUUCACCUAUAACAACAACAACAAUCGCUCGUCGUCGGCCAGUGAACAGGAGUCCAACUCCACCUACGACAGGAUCUUCCCACUGGGGCCCGACUACCAGGAGCCUUCCAGGCUGAUCAGAAAGCUGCCCGAGUUUUAUCAGGCGGCUGAGGAGGCUGCGGCCGGCAGCAGCGGGGUUGUGAAGCAAGCCCCGGCCAGCGGACAGGAGGGUAUGCCGCACUACGCUGAGGCCGACAUCGUGAACCUGCAGGGAGUGACUGGUAGCAACACCUACGCCGUGCCAGCUGUCACUAUGGAUCUGCUCUCCGGGAAGGAUGUGGCAGUCGAAGAGUUCCCCAGGAAACUGCUUACCUUCAAAGAGAAGCUUGGGGAGGGGCAGUUUGGAGAGGUGCACUUGUGUGAGGCUGAGGGAAUGUCAGAGUUUACUGACAAGGAUUUUUCUUUUGACAUCACUGCAAAUCAGCCUGUUCUGGUAGCUGUAAAAAUGUUACGAGCAGAUGCCAACAAGAAUGCUAGAAACGAUUUCUUGAAAGAAAUUAAGAUCAUGUCUCGAUUAAAAGACCCCAACAUUAUCCGCCUUCUGGCAGUGUGUAUCUGCGAUGAUCCUCUCUGUAUGAUCACGGAGUACAUGGAGAACGGGGAUCUCAAUCAGUUCUUAUCCCGUCACGAGCCAGAGGGACAGGUCUGUCUGGCCAGCAACACCCCCACUGUCAGUUUUGCUAAUAUUCAGUACAUGGUCACACAGAUAGCAUCGGGCAUGAAGUAUCUUUCCUCCCUCAACUUUGUUCACCGUGACCUGGCCACUCGUAACUGCCUGGUUGGCAAGAACUUCACCAUCAAGAUUGCUGACUUUGGGAUGAGCCGCAACCUGUACAGCGGAGACUACUACCGCAUCCAAGGGAGAGCCGUACUGCCCAUCCGCUGGAUGUCCUGGGAGAGUAUUCUGUUGGGCAAGUUUACCACCGCCAGUGAUGUGUGGGCAUUUGGGGUAACUCUCUGGGAGACUCUGACGUUCUGCCUGGAGCAGCCCUACUCCCAGCUGUCAGACGAACAGGUCAUUGAAAACACCGGCGAGUUCUUCAGGGAUCAGGGGCGGCAGAUCUAUUUGCCACAGCCUGCCAUUUGCCCGGACCCUGUCUACAAACUAAUGCUAAGCUGCUGGAGGAGAGACACCAAAGAUCGGCCAUCAUUUCAAGACAUCUACCACAGUCUUCUAGAAUGCACCGCCUAGGCGCGCAGUGCUUGCAAAGGCAAUGCUUGCAAAUUGGACUUAUUGUUUGUGUCUUUGUGUAGAAACAAACUUAGUAUGUGCAGAUGGGAAUGUGGGGAAAAGAGGCAAUCAAAGGAAGCCAAUGAAGGUUGAUGAGCAUUAUUUAUACAUGAGAAUUAUCAACUCACUGCCUUUAUUUGUUUAUUGUGUUGUCACACUACCUAGGCAACGGUUUCAGAGGGAGUGUCUGUGAGGUCCUCCACAGCAAAUGAACUGAAAAAGAGAAGGACAAAGGAGCAGUAAGAACGAUUGCCAGUGUGAACUAUAGUUCAGUGUGCUAAAUUCAGAAAUAUUGGUACUUCUUUCUAUUCUGGGGAUCUUUUACUGUUAUGAAGACCUAUUUAAGGGGCUACAAAGGGGACAAUAUCUCCAAAUUAUAAUAUAUAACUGUCUUAAUAGUAAUUGUUGCCUUAAUUAUGGAAGCCUUUCUUUUUUAUCAGUGUUUAUACACGUUAUAUUGGAGGUUGUUUCAGUUUGAAAAAAAAAUUAAAACGAUACAGAAACUAUUGAUUUAGCCAUUCUUAUUAAAAACAAAGACAUAAGUGCUCACAUAGGUAAUCUUACAUUUAAAAAAUAGGGAACAAGCACUAGUAAUGCUGGUGACAAUGAUGUAUAAAGAACUUCAUUUUUGUAUUUUAUUAUUUAGAUACUUCUGAAUAGAAGAGCUGUUUAUGGCCAUAUAUUUUAUGUAUGUAUGUAUGCAGAUUUUAUUAAAUACAUGCACCACAGAUACAAAAGUACUAUUAUGCUAUCUUAAUAUGUUUCCUUUUUUAGAAAUACCCUAGAAAUGUUGGGCCAGCUGUAUUACCUAAAGUGUAGUGUGUGUUUUUGGAACAGGGGUUAUAACACAUCUGCUCUGUAUUCACAGUAUAAUCUAUUUAUUAGAUUGGUGCUAUUUUUAUUCGUAUUGCCUAAUGCCAGUAACAUGUAGGACAGUAUGUUGAAUUGUGGCUAGUUGCAUGAGCCAUAAAGUAGUCCAAUAAAAGUUUAUUCUAAAUUAUUAUGUACAAAGAAAACAAUGCAUGUGAAAUCUUAGGGGAAUUCCCUGUUCAAUCGAAUGUUGUGCAUUUUUGAUCCUCUACUGUUUUUGAACUCCUACGAUUUCAUGGAUUAGACAAAAAUGCAGUUUAUUUUUGCCUAUACUGAAGCCUUCUGUAUUAGCUUCCAUACACCCACAAAUAAUUUGUACAUUCGCUCAUUAUCUGUAACACAGAAUUCAUCUCCAUUCUUUCAUGUUGCCAAUUCCAGAUAGGAAAGAAGACUCAACAUGUAGCUUUACAUAUUAGCUUUUUAUUUUAAAGGUGGUAAAAUGUCUUUUGAAGGUAUAUUGAUUUUCAAUGUAUUUUAUUUAUAUAGCGCUUUUCAUACCACAGUAUCUCAAAGCGCUUUACGUGUCAGUUAAAAC